CUGCUGCCGGACUGAAGACGGAUCAGUUUCGGGUGGUAGACUACUGUACUCGUAGUUGAUCUGCGUUGCUUCUUGCUUUUCGAAUUGCGUGCGUAGACUCAAGAGGUUCCACUUUAUUUUUGGUUCGACUGAGAAUUUCUCAGUUUGUGCAGUAGAUUUGGUUGUACUAGCGAAGUAACUGUUCUUGGUUGGAGAAUCGAAUUUACUUGGGCGGCAGAAAGCAAUUCUUUGGCUUACCGUCACAUUUCGUGAAUUCAGGAUGUACGUGGGAAGAGGAGCAUUGCUGUUCGUGACGUACCUGGCGACUAUAGCGCUCUGCCGUACGAGCAAUGGUGCGGAGUACGCCAUAUCCGAUCGGCUGCUUCUGGACUCGACAGGAAUGAGCAGCGUCAACAGUAACCAGUACCUUCACUUCCUUGGCUCCAGUGAUGGCUCAGCAAGUGCAGGAAUGUGCCUCAGCCCCUCGCAUGCACGGAUGGCUGCGGAUGCUAUCACGGCCCCCUGUAUGAGGGGACAAUGUUACACACUGAGCACGUCUCUGCGUUUGUCUAAGAAGAACUUUGAAGGCACACUGGUUCACUUGAAAAAUAUGAAUACUAGCAUGGGAGGAGAGCUCCGUAUUCACUUUGUGAAGAGUUUUCAGUUGCGUGUCUACUAUCAGGACGAUGACACGAAAGCGGAGAUGUUUGAGCGGUUCUACUAUGGCUUUCGCCGUAACCAUUGGCUUCAGCUUCACAUUGUCGUGUGUCACGGGUCCAUCACGGUUCACGUGGGCUGUAAAAGUCUUUUCAAUGUGCAGACGCCGCAUUCUCGGUGCCCAGUUGCUGGCGACACAUUGAAACUUUGCGUUGGAAAAACGGUGACCGACACAUCACCUAUCCAGGCGGACGUUCGCAACAUGGUGAUCUUGGGCGGUGACCAGACUGGCCAGCUUUGCCCAUUGAGCGUAGGUAAAGAUGUUCUAUUGCGCGACAUCAACGGUCUUCGGCAGCAAAUUCGCACGCUCCAGGAUCAGCUAAUAUAUGCCAAGGCUGAUUUAGCGGCAGAGCACUCGAACCACUUGUCCGAAAUCAGUGUCGCAUCGCGGUGCAAGACACAGGCGGCAGAGCUCUUUGGAGAAGUGAAAAAGGCUCAGCAGCAGAUCUCGACGAUCACGUCUGAUUAUGACACUACAUCUAGUAGGCUGAACCAAUGUAGAACAGCGGUGAAGAACAUCACCUGCAUGGUCAACAAUACCAUCUAUCAAAUCGGUGCAAUUAUUCCACUCCGGACUUGUCAAAUCUGCACAUGUGUGGUUGAUGGUCGGGUGGAGUGCGUGGAUGAACCAUGUACUCCCAUUGUGCCAGGCACGGAAUCCUUAACAUGCCCUUAUGGAAGGGUUAUACCAAGGAAUGUGACCAGCGGAGUUUGCUGUGAUACAUGCCAAUAUGUUCCCGGAGCUUGUCGCUACAGGAAUAAGUUCUAUGAACAUGGCAGUGUGUUCAAAAACCUAGACGGAGGUGUUUGCUCGCCUAAUUGUUCAUGUCAGAACCAUAAGAAAGUGUGUCCCACUGAGGCCUGUGAACAGUUGCCAUGUCAACCGGCUCAACGUUAUACACCAGUAGGUCAAUGUUGUCCAAGGUGUACAGAGGAGGAGAAUCCAUGUGAAGCCAAUCCUUCGCCGUGUGCACGCCAUCAAGGAGAUGCGCCGUGGACGUGUGUUAACCGUGGUGGCAGAGCCGAGUGUAUUUGCUACUUUAUUCCAUCUGGAGGUGGCUGUUACACGGGUCAAGGUCGCAAGUAGGGCAACGCUACGAAAUGGAACGGCUCGUGUCGACUUGGAAAUCAACAUGCCAUGUCAUUUUGGACAUUUUCACUGUAACUGGCUGGCACCAACUGCUGGCACCAACUGCUGGCACUAGACCAACAUCUGCCUCUUGCACGUACCACGCCUGCAUCCUGGUUAGAGUCGAAUGGAAGCUGUUGAUAGUACCUAAACUCAUAGUUAUGCCUGUGUAGAUCUAAUCACAAGAACUAGCAAUUGAAUAAUAGACCGAGUGGACAAGACGUUCAGGACAUGUAGAGCUGCAUUAGGAACAAGAUUAUACCCCGCAUGUACAUGUAUGCUGCAUUUCUGAACUCCGCUAUAAUUCCUUGGGUUCUCUGUGUUCAUAAAAAAAGUUAUAAUUAUUGUUUUCUGUAUCACUGUGCUUGACACACAUGACGAUGCCUGCAGACUGUAGAGGUGUUGUUGGAAUGACUGGAGAACCUCACCACCUUUGCAGAUUUUUAAGAAUGUAUUCCUUUUCUCAUUAGUAACUGCCUCUUCAUGGUGGAAUCAUAAACUUACUUCAAGUAUAAGUAUAGCCUUCGCAUUGCCAUAUCAUUGGAUGAGUUCUAUAAUGUUUUAAAGGUUUAUAUCAGCAUUGCUUGAUUAUCAAUAUUGCUAGAUCAAUAUUACUCCAAGGGUGAUUUUUAAAAAUGUUUCAACUAUUCGACAUGAUUUGCUAUAAAGUAUUUGACACUGAA